AUGUCAUCUCUAUCUCAACCCCAGACGCCGGCGACCCUGAAUAGCCCUUUGAGAGAACACAGGCAUAGACCAGUCGAGAGGUUGACAGAGAAAUUGGAGGCUCCAAGCUUGGAUGAUAGAAGCUAUAGAGUGAUAUUAUUGCCGAAUCAGCUUGAGGUGCUUCUGGUGCAUGAUGCUGAAACCGACAAGGCCAGCGCGGCCAUGGAUGUCAACGUGGGAAAUUUCAGUGACGAGGCUGAUAUGCCGGGAAUGGCUCAUGCGGUCGAGCACCUUUUAUUCAUGGGAACAAAGAAGUAUCCCAUAGAAAACGCGUAUUCACAAUACCUUUCCGCACAUUCUGGAAGCUCCAAUGCAUACACUGGCGCGACAUCUACCAACUAUUACUUUGAGGUUGGAGCAAAAGCAUCAGAAGAUGCAGGCCCAAACGAAGCAUCACCUCUUUUUGGAGCUCUGGACCGGUUCGCUCAAUUCUUCAUUGAACCUCUUUUCCUUUCCUCUACCCUGGACCGAGAGCUACGCGCUGUCGAUUCCGAGAAUAAGAAGAACCUGCAGAGCGAUCAAUGGCGACUACACCAACUGGAGAAGUCAUUAUCAAACCCCAAACAUCCAUACUGUCAUUUUUCUACUGGAAAUUUUGAGGUCCUGAAGACACACCCUGAAGAACGAGGAGUUGACGUGCGACAAAAAUUCAUGGAUUUCCAUGCAAAGCACUAUUCCGCGAACAGGAUGAAACUAGUGGUUUUGGGUAGGGAGCCAUUAGACACAUUGGAAGAAUGGGCAGCGGAUCUUUUUGCUGGAGUGCGGAACAAGAGCCUACCACAAAAUCGUUGGGAGACGGAGGUACCAUUUGGAGCAAAUGACCUCUCGACUCAAUGCUUUGCGAAGCCGGUCAUGGAUUCUAGAGAACUGGACCUUUCAUUUCCUUUUAUAGACGAGGAGCUGCUCUUCGAAUCGCAACCAAGCCGCUAUAUCAGCCAUUUAAUUGGCCACGAAGGACCAGGGAGCAUCAUGUCUUAUAUCAAGGCAAAGGGGUGGGCUAAUGGGUUGAGUGCAGGUGCAUAUCCCGUGUGCCCCGGUACCCCUGGCAUUUUCAACUGUCAGAUUCGUCUAACUGAGGAUGGCCUAAAGAAUUACCAGGAAAUCGUCAAGGUUUUCUUCCAAUACAUUUCUCUGCUCAAGGAGACUCCACCUCAAGAAUGGAUCUUCCAAGAGCAAAAAGGAUUAGCGGAUGUAGAUUUCAAGUUUAAGCAGAAGACUCCAGCAAGUCGAUUCACGAGCAAGAUCAGCGCAGUCAUGCAAACACCUCUACCACGUCAGUGGCUUUUGAGUGGACAUAGCAGACUCCGAACAUUCGAUCCCGUAAAGAUCAAAGAGGGGCUUGGAUGCUUAAGGCCAGACAACCUUCGCAUGACAGUCGUGUCUCAAAAGUUCCCCGGUGCAUGGGAGUCGAAAGAGAAGUGGUAUGGCACGGAGUACACAUAUGAGAAACUCCCAGCGGACUUCAUUGCGGAGAUCAAGCGCGCCGCGACUAGCUCCACCAAGAAUCGACUGACGGAAUUACAUUUACCGCAUGUAAAUCAGUUCAUCCCUACGAAACUCGAGGUUGAGAAGAAGGAAGGUUUAGAGCCAGCAAUUUCGCCGAAGCUGAUCAGAAAUGACGAAUUGGUCAGGACCUGGUAUAAGAAAGAUGACACCUUUUGGGUUCCUAAAGCCAACCUUUUCGUCAAUUGCCGAAACACUCUACCCAAUGCUACGGCAGAAAAUUCCCUCAAGGCGCGGUUAUUUACAGACGUUGUCCGCGACGCUUUAGAAGAGUACUCUUACGAUGCUGAGCUUGCUGGAUUAGACUAUUCUAUUUCGAGCCACUCAAUGGGCAUCGAAAUUGCAGUCUCAGGCUACAAUGACAAGCUGCCUGUGCUUUUGGAGAAAGUACUAGUUACCAUGAGAGAUCUGGAAAUUAAACCCGAACGUUUCGAGAUCAUCAAGGAGCGCUUAUUGAGGGGACUAAAGAAUUGGGAUUUUCAACAACCAUUCAACCAAGUCGGAGAUUUUACUAGAUGGCUCAAUAGUGAAAAGGGAUAUAUCAACGAGCAAAUACUUGCCGAGUUGUCACAUCUCACGGCCGCUGACAUCCAACAAUUCUUCCCACACUUACUCCGCCAAAUGCACAUUGAGACAUUUGUCCACGGCAAUUUAUACAAGGAAGACGCACUCAAGUUGACAGACCAUAUUGAAAGUAUUUUGAAGCCAAGAAUUCUACCCCAGACUCAAUGGCCUAUUACUCGGUCUUUAGUAUUCCCUCCAGGUGGCAACUUCGUCUACCACAAGACUCUCAAAGAUCCGGCGAAUGUCAACCAUUGCAUUGAAUAUCUGCUGUUUGUGGGAGACAAGUCGCAACGUCCAUUGCGAGCUAAGACCCUCCUUCUCGAUCAAAUGACCCACGAGCCAGCCUUUGAUCAGCUACGGACAAAAGAGCAGCUUGGAUACGUUGUUUUCAGCGGAGCACGGACUACGGCGACCACGAUUGGUUAUAGGUUCAUUAUCCAGAGCGAGAAGACCCCCGACUAUCUUGAGUCAAGGAUCGAUUCGUUCCUUUCCGGAUUUGCAAACACUCUUGCUGAGAUGUCAGACUCGGAUUUCGAAGGUCAUAAGCGAAGUUUGAUCAUGAAGCGAUUAGAAAAGCUAAAGAACUUGGAUCAAGAAUCGAGUCGUCUUUGGGGAUAUAUUGACAGCGAAUAUCUUGAUUUUGAGCUCGUUCGUGAAGAUGCUGCCAACAUCAAGUUACUCACCAAGGCCAACAUGAUUGAAUACUACAAUCAAUAUAUCCAUCCCACGUCGCCAGCUCGCUCAAAGUUGGCUAUUCACCUCAAUGCCCAGGGAACCGCGAAUGGCGACACUUCAGUCGUCACUGCCGCCGUAGAGAAAGGCAUUAAGGCCCUAGGACUAAACAAAGACAAGAAGGACUCCGAGGAUGGUGAGGUUAUACCCGUCAAAGCGGAGGGCAAUGGUACAACACCAUACAUCAUCACCGACGUACGGGAGUUCAAGUCAAAGCUGCAAGUCAGCACGGGGCCGCAGCCAGUAAAACAUAUCAGCGAGUUCGAGGAGCUGGACUCGAAGCUGUAG